UUCAUAAGUCGCAACUGCAACUGCAAAGCAAAACAUUUAAAAAGGCUUGGGCUAAAAAUGAAUUAAGCUCAUCAACUAUGAUUGUGAAAAAUAUUUGGAAAUUGACCCAGGCAAUGGGCAGGUUCCGCCCGUUGGCUGCUGCAAAGCCUCUGGAAUACUGUCACCCAGCGCCACCGCAGAGAGGCAGUUUCCGCCAACGGACAGAAUGUCCCGGAUCGCUGUGCGCCUAUGUGGAUCAUCCGAUAGCAGCGCCAGCUUCCCAAGGAUAUGGCUCAUCCGGAGAUAUGAUCUGGGCAUUCACGGCAGCCUUUACCCUGAAUUUGUUCGGCGGCGGCGACGAGAAGGAGGAAACGCCGGAGGACAAGUUGGUGACAACGAUCAAGCGAUCGAUCCUGUGCAUCCAGCGGGAGCAGUACGACCGAGCCGAGCAAAUGCUCCACCUGGCCCUGCGAAUGGCCCAGGAUAUACAGAGCAAGGAGGGCGUUACUUAUGUGUACGACGUCAUGGCCAACCUGGCCAUGGAACGGGAGCAGUUCAAGAAGGCGGAGAAGAUCUUCACUGACGUGAUGAAGCGACUCUUUGCGGAUGGCCACACCGAGGAGAGUCCGAAGAUCCUGCACAUCAGCUCCAAAAUAGCCCACAUGUCCCAGCUGCAGGGUGACCUGGAGAAGAGCUUUCAGGGAUUCACUUGGACGCUGCAGCAGCUGGCAAAGCUUCUGGAGAAAAUGCCCGACGACAAGGACAUACAGGAGCUGUAUGGCUUGACAAAGAAUUGGUUUGGCCAGCUACUCAUGAAGCAGGGCAAGUAUAUGGAGGCUAGGAAGCUCUUCCAAGAGGCUUAUGACGCUCUAGUUGAUGUUUACGGCGCCGUCAAUGAGGCUUCAAUCACCAUCCUGAACAAUAUCAGCGUGGCGUACGUGAAUGUGGAGAAGUAUACAGAGGCCCGCGAGAUCCUUUUGCAGGCCAUCGAACUGGCGAAAGAGCUGAAGGACGUGGCCCAGGAGGGCAUUCUUCAGGCCAAUCUUGGCCUGGUGUAUCUGCGCGAAGGUCUCACGCAGCAGGCGGACAGCGCCUGCCGUCUGGCCUGGAAAAUGGGCAAGAAGCACAAGAAUCCCGAUGCCAUCGAGCAGGCCGAGUAUUGCCUUGACGAGAUCAAGGCCACCCUUAAUGGAGAGAAGCGUUCGUGAAAUAGCUUCCACACUGUAUUGUUUCGACUAUUUAAAAACAUUUAAUUACAAAGUAAAGUGCAAAUGUUGACGGCUUAACAACUAA